AUGUUUAAUGCUUGCUCCAUUUCUGGAAGUAGGCUCAAAGAUCGCGAAGACUCUCAAAGACCAAAAAAUACUGGAGCAGAGGAAAACUCGGAGUUGAAUGGUGGAGGUAUUAGAGGAAAACUUGGAGGAAAUGGUGGAGGUAUUAGAGGAAAACUCGGAGGAAAUGGUGGAGGUAUUAGAGGAAAACUCGGAGAAAAUGGUGGAGGAAUUAGAGGAAAACUCGGAGGAAAUGGUGGAGGUAUUAGAAGAAAACUCGGAGGAAAUGGUGGAGGUAUUAGAGGUAAACUCGGAGGAAAUGGUGGAGAUAAAAAUAGUGGAGAAAUAGUUUCAUACAUAAUACUCUUUAAUCCAAAAAGAACACUUGAGUGUACUAAACGCAAACUGCGAACUUUUUACAGUUGA